ACAAGGUGCAUACAAGCUAGUGAUCUGACUUGACCCUUUCCGGACGGUGGCUGCAGUUUUUCAAACGCACCGUACACAGUAUAGAAAGUGGUCUGACCGCUGUAGCGUGCUGGAUAAUACAUCAUUAUUCUAUUACGGAAGCACGUCGGAGUCCUCCAUGCAAAAGAGGAAGAGCGACCGUUUCAAUUGCAAUUUGAAGUGGCCAGCUGCAAGUGUACUGCAUUGGCGAGAUGGAGAAUUCGGUGGAUUCGAGUAAAACCUGGGCUGAGACCAGCAACGCAGAGACGCAAGGGCAGGGGAUAGGAAAAGGAAGAGGCGAAAUUGCACCGGCUGCUACUGCUGAGGAUACAAACAAGGACCAGUUGGUGGGAGAAGGAUGUGAUGAGGAAUACUGUGUUUACCAAACCACAGAUGCCAGUAAGGAGGUUACAGGCUUGCGGGAUAGCGUGGACGAGAUGUUGACGAGGCUGGACGAGUUCUGUGGAAUGCUCGACAUGAUUCGCAAGGACUCUUCAGAGAUUCUGGACCAGCAUGUGCCUUUUAUAACAAUGAAAACAGCUGAAAUGAAGAACGUUUAUGCCAAAAUUGAUAAGAUCGAGGCGUUCGUGCAGAUGGUGGGGACCAGCGCAGUGUUCCUGGAAGAGGAGCUUCUUCAAGCAGAAAAGGAGCACCGGGGGCUCCCUAAGACAGUCUGCAAAAUACUGCACGCAUUCAGAGCGCCGGCCGUCUUAAAGAAACACGAAUCGGCAACGCGGACGCCCUACGAGCUGCCGGUGUUGUUCCGAACAGAAGAGUUUUUCACGGCAGAGCCUGGCAGUGCGGAUAUGAAGAAACCGAAUAGCUGACUCCUGUGCUUUCUGUGUAAUGUGGUGCAAUAUUAACAUUUACUUUAGAGAGGCAGCUAGGGGGAAUUCUUCCCACUUUGGGCCAAGAAUGUGUGGCUAAACUAAUUUGCUUUUUGAAACAGGGUUCACAAUUCAGAGUCAGGGUUAGUAUAUGUGCUAAAAUCACAUUUUUGAUUUCUGUUUUGCUUUCUGAGCUUGAUGUUGUGACUUGUAACAUUGUUUAAACCCUCUUAGUGGCUGUGCCGCCAUGCCUGUUUGACUCACAGACUGGUGGCAAGCGGGACUGGAAGAAGCUUACGUCCCUUUGGGAUAGUAAACAAACUGAACUGUCAACACAGUUCAGAUCAAAUUGUGUACAGUAUAGUCAAUAUUUGUUUAUGUAAAAUGGAACGUGAUUGUAGGAAUACUACUGCUUUACAAUGGUUUUCGUUUAGGGCACCUUGCAGACUGCUGGUAAUGAUACAAAGAAAUAAAGACUAUAGAUGUCAUUUUGAUAUCUGCAAGAUGCAUGACCAAAAUGUGAACCCUAAUGCUACGCUUAUUAAAUGAUGACCUUUUCCAUGUU